AUGGAGGAUGCCGGGACCUACUCUGUAGCAAUCAAUGGAGAAAGAUCCGCCUUCACCCUGCAGGUGUUCAGUGAGCUGGCAGAGCCCACGGUGACCUGCGAGGCCCAGAACUGCUCGGACGGGAGCUGCAGCUCCUCCCUGCGCUGCUCCGUGCCCGGCGCCGGCUUCGGGAACGUCUCCUACACCUGGAGGGUGGGGGAUCAGAACAUGGACGGGAGCACCGUGGUGCUGCUGGUGAAUGAAACAUCCCAGGAUGGGCUGGAGCCGGUGACGUGCACGGCACGGAACCCCGUCAGCAGCAGGAAUUUCACUGUGACCAACUUUGGGGAGCUCUGCGCAGGUGCCCUCUCCAGCGGCCAGGUUGGGGUCAGGGUAGGGGUCGGGGUCAUAGCCGGGACUUUGGUCCUGGUCCUUUUGUUGAUUUUCCUCUUGUUCCUGUGGAAAUCCAAAGGCUGGACGAAAUUCCGCGUCUCCCAGCCCAGGCCUGCGGACACAGUUCCAGGGGCCACGAACGACUACACAACCGUGUACGCCGAGGUGGGACCUUCCCAGCAGUGCGUCCCUGACGGAACUAAAGCCAAACCAGCAGAGGGGGGACCUCCCUCAACCGUUUAUUCCCUGGUCAAGAGUCCAGAGCAGGUGGAGGGGGGGACAGCAGAAAAUGCCACCGUGACCGGCCUGAAGCUGGUCUAG